AUGGCUGCAUCAACGGUUCUUGAGAAGAAAAAUCUUUCAAUCCGUUCCGUCGACGAUUACAGCAAGUACAAGGCCACAUGGGCUCAACGUGCCUGGUUCGCAAGUGGCUUCACCACCAUGCUCAUCUCCCUAGCCAAAUCCAUGCUAAUACUCGCGGCCGGAGCGCCCACCGGUCCACGGACAUGGCUCCACCUAACUAUGGCGGCGCUACUCGGCUACCUUCUGGCGGACCUCAUUUCCGGAAUCUACCACUGGGCCAUCGACAACUACGGCAGUACAGAAACUCCCAUUUUCGGGUCCCAAAUCCAGUGGUUCCGAGCCCACCACCAGUACCCGUCGGAGCUCACCAAGUUCGAAACCGCUAGAAUCGUUACAACUAUCGCUGGGGUCAUAACCGUCGCCAUUCUGCCUGUAAACCUAUUUUCGAGCGACCCGAUUCCUCUGGUUCGUCGGAGGAAGCUUCCGCCGGUUGUGGCAGCGCUUCAGGAUGCCGGGGUCCUUUUGCGGUGGUCUCAUCACAGGGCACACCACGGGCCGCCGUUUAACAGCAACUACUGCGUGGUGAGUGGAAUUUGUGACCGGGUUUUGGACGGGUGCAAGGUUUUGUUGGGCUUGGAGGUGGCGCUAUUCCGUGUAACGGGAGUGAAGCCGCGGUCAUGGUCUGACCCAAAUUCUGAGUGGAAGCCGAUGAUGAUUCAGGAUGAAAACACACUUCUUAAUUAA